AUGGACGGCAGUGGCAGUGGCUGGACUGGAGGUCUGCUGCCCUCUGUUAGCGAGAAGACAACAGAGGGGCACUCGGUCUUUGAGAUGGCUGUUCAGAAUGACUCGACCAACCACAGCUCCCUGUUUGCAGACGUGGCUCUGCUGCAGAGCUUCAAGCUGCUCAUCAUCCCCUGCUACUCCCUGGUGGUGGUGGUGGGUGUGUUGGGGAACUACCUGUUGCUCUACGUCAUCUGCCGCACUCGCAAGAUGCACAAUGUCACCAACUUCUUCAUAGGGAACCUGGCCUUCUCAGACAUGCUGAUGUGUGUGACCUGUGUACCCUUAACCCUGGCCUAUGCAUUCAACCCUCGUGGUUGGGUGUUUGGGAGGUUCAUGUGCUACCUGGUGUUCCUGAUCCAGCCGGUUACCGUCUAUGUGUCUGUCUUCACCCUCACCGCCAUCGCUGUAGACAGGUACUACGCCACUGUGCAUCCUCUGAAGAAGCGUACCUCUGUGUCCACCUGUGCUUACGUCCUGUCAGGGAUCUGGCUGCUGUCCUGUGGCCUGGUGGCUCCGGCCGUGGCCCACACGUACCACGUGGAGUUCAGAGAUGAGGGCCUUACUAUCUGUGAGGAGUUCUGGCUGGGACAGGAGAAGGAGAGGCUAGCCUACGCCUACAGCACCCUGCUGGUUACCUAUGUCCUGCCACUCUCCGCUGUCUGCGCCUCCUAUCUCUGCAUCUCUUUCAAGCUGAGGAACUGCGUGGCGCCGGGACAUCGGUCCCGAGACCAGGCAGAGGCACAGCGAGCCCGAAAGCGAAAGAUCUUCCGUCUGGUGGCGUUAGUGGUGGCGGCCUUCGGGGUGUGCUGGCUGCCCAUCCAUGUGUUCAACGUGCUGCGUGACAUCGAUAUCCGCCUAAUCAACAAGCGCCACUUCCUGCUCAUUCAGCUGCUGUGCCACCUGUGUGCCAUGAGCUCCUCCUGCUGUAACCCCUUCUUGUAUGCCUGGCUGCACGACCGCUUUCGUGCUGAGCUGCGCAAGAUGUUCACCUGCCACCACCGCAUCGGCAUCCCCACCAACCACUGUGCUAUGGCCAGUGUGGUCCUCUGA